GUUUUGUUUGUUUUGAAAUCAACACAUGUUUUGACAAUCAAUUGAUUUAAUUGUAAUUCAGUGUUAUUUUAGUGUCAAUUGAUUAUCACUUUUGAGAUCAAUGUCUGAAUUAUCCGCAAAGAGUGGUCAACAACGAGAUGAAGACACUGAUGACCCGAACGAAUUGGUCUACUCUUUGGACACCUUUGAAGACGAUUCCCGACAAUGUGUGGAUCUAAUCAGACAGUUGUCAUCAUUUGACGACCAAAACAAUGACGAGAAAUGUAUGCGAGAAGUGGAGCGGAUUUGCGAGCGAUUUGAUUAUCUCAUCAGUAAAUGGCAAACAAAUCCCAAACUCAUUGAAUCACAUGUGAAGCAGUUCUUGGAGGCCAUCAUCGAGACGGUGACCACUAGUGCUGUGAAUGGCAUCCGAUUCAACGCCGCCUUUCAACUCAUGCAUCGAUUGGUGUCAUGUAUUGGUCCGAAGAGUGUCUGUCGAUCGCUUCCGACUGAAGUGUUUUGGUUAACAAAACUCAUGGAUUGGUGUGAAAGACAAUCGCCCGAAGACUACAAGACGUGGCCGACGCGAGCGAUGCUAUUGUUAUGGCUCUCAAUGGCCGUCAAAACGCCGUUUCAUUUGAGGAAAUUUGACGCCAAAGACGAGACAUCGACUCAAAAGACGAUAACUGAGAGGAUCUAUGCGUUGAUCGACGCGUACCUCAAAGCGACCGAUAAGUGCAUCGAUUCGGCGGCACUUCUCUCCGCAAACUUCUUCUCGAGACCUGAUAUUGUGGACCAACUGUUGAGUCGUUUUAUGAAUGAAUCGUUUCAACGGUUACUCCAAUCGGAGCCGAGUUUAGGUCACGUGAUGGCUGUGGGGGUGCUCUUCAAAGUGGGCGACCGGCAGGACAUCAACCCAUACGCCCAUCGGGUCAUCGAAAUGAGCAUGAAUCGUUUGAACGGUUACUCCAAUCGGAGCCGAGUUUAG